AGCAAUCGAUGCCUUCUCAAAAUAUCUGUGAUGUAUCAGCACCAUCAGGUGUUGGGGUAUCGACAUCAUCCAGAAGGCAACGGACUUCAGUGGCCGAAUGUUUGAACAAUAUUAGUGCACCGUCGUUUGGGCACAGCACGAUGCGCACUCGGUCGCCACAACGUCGACAAAGGUCAAGGCAAAGCGAUAGUGGAGAAAAAUGUCAGACGACAACGACGACUUCUGAGAUCAUAGAUGAAAUAAGCAUGCCUACCUGCGGCGAAGUAUCGGGAUCCUCAAAAGCGAAAACUCCAAUACGUCAGAAGCGAUCGAUAACAACGAAGACUGUUUGUAAGAGCUCAACGCCAGCGUCUCGUCGUGGACGAAUGAAUAGUACGGCUGAAUGUAUAGCUGCAAGAGGGCAAACUCCAAAACGAAAGCAGCAAAUGAUGACCUCUCAGAAUAUCUGUGAUAUCUCCGCCCCAUCAUUGGAUAGCUGCGGAACUGGAGGACUGACAAAUGAAUGUUUGAAUGAUAUAUCAAUGCCGUCAUAUGGUGCGCCCUCGGAGUGUUCAAGGCCAAUCACUUGUACUUCCGAAUGCUUGAACGAUGUCAGUGCACCCUCCUUUGCACAGAGCAUUUCCCGCGGACCUUCACAACGACAGCAAAUGGCAGCCUCGAAUGCCUGCAAUUUGGGUACAGGAGACAUGAGUAAUGGCUACAUAAUGGAUGUCAGUAUGCCAUCAUUUGGUGGAAUAUCGGGUGCGUCUAGGCCGCGUACUCCCAUCCAGCAGCAACAGCAGCGUUCGAUACCCUCCCAAAAUAUCUGUGACAUCUCUGCUGUAUCAUACGCAAGCAGUGGACGUGGAAAUACAAUGACCAAUGAGUGCUUAUACGACGUGAGCAUGCCGUCGUUUGCGGAAGUAUCUGGCUCAUCGCGGCGACAGCAGACCAUGCCGUCAGAGUGCCUGAACGAUGUGAGCGCACCAUCGUUCACUAGGUCUAGGUCGCCACAAGUCAUGCAAAGAUCUAUCCAGAAUCGUUCAGAUCAAUGUCAGCUGCAGGACAUGAGCAUGCCUUCAUUCGCGGAUGUAUCGGGCGCCUCGAGAGCACGAACACUGAGCCGACAGCAGCGUUCGAUGCGCGGUAGCCCAGGCACUAGGGAGUGUUUACAGGACGUUAGUAUGCCCUCCUUUGGUGUAUCUGGUGCUUCAUGCGCUCACUGUCCGACAAUGCAGUCCCAACAAAUCUGUGACAUAUCGGCGCCUUCUUACAACAGCAGUGGAUUCGGGACCAUGACUUCCAGGAGUAUGGGACGAAGUCAAUCGCAGGGCCCCAAUUCCCGAGUUCAGCAAUCCCCGAUAAUGAAUAACUCUUGCCGAGCACAAAGUGAAUGCCUUCAAAACAUAACAAUGCCAUCGUUUGCCAACAUUUCCACAGUCAGUACUUCGAGUCGGCGAGAAAUGCCAAUGACUAGCGAGUGUCUGAGCAAUGUGACACCGCCCUCCUUUGGUCGCAGUGGCAACACACAGGAGCUGUGGAACAUUAGCGCACCGGUCUUUGAAUCAACAGGCAAUUUGCGCAGGCCACGCCCUGAUCCGUCAUACGAAUGCGAUGCUCUGGAUGACGAGAGUGCUCCCAGCUUUGGGUUCAACAGUCAGGCCAUGAAGAGUAUAUAUCAGAUACCGACAGCUAAUUCGAGCAAUUCUGUAUACAGCGGCACGGCGGCACGACAAGUUCGUAGUUUUCCUUGCAUCAGCCAACAAAAUAUCUGCGACAUAUCAGCGCCCUCAAUGGCCAAUAGCCGGCUGGACUGCUGUGAUGGCCAACAGGACUCUAGAGGUCCGCACAGCAUGCCUUACCCAACUGAAUAUUCAGGUAGCAACAAAAGUCGUUCCCAGUCGAAACAAGGCAGCCGAUACACCAACUGCAACUUGGAAAAUAUUACAGAGCCAUCGAUGAUGGCCAAUAGCACGAUGUAUGGUCAAGUGGCUACGGAUCGACUAAAGGAGGAAAGCCAAUGUCUAGCGGAUAUUCGGUAG